AUGGCGUUCUCGCGAAGAGUGUGGCAAGUCACCCCAUCCAACUUCCUUCGAUCCCUUCUACCCAGUUUUAUGGCCGACGCCGUGUGGCCUAAAGAGCCCUGCCACAACCAUUCUUGCCGCCGCUCUCCAAGGCUGCAUUCAACGUCCUACCUGGAUGGCCUCCGCGGUAUUGCCUCCGUUAUUGUCUUCAUAUGUCACUAUACUGAGAAGCGCCACGACCAUUUGCUACCCACUUAUGGACACUACCGGCUUCCUCGCACCGACAGCGGCGAUAUUGCCCUUACCCCCACCUCAUCCUUUCUUCAGGUCCCGAUUUUUCGUGUUCUCUAUUCUGGACGGCCGGCAGUGCAUGUGUUUUUUGUCAUCUCUGGAUUUGUGCUGUCCUACAAACCGCUACGCCUUCUCCACGGCCCCGAAGGUCUCGGAGCAUGUUACUCUGCACUCGCGUCUUUGGCCUUUCGCCGACCCAUCCGCCUGUUUCUGCCGUGCGCCGUGUCAACACUCGCCGUCGCUGUUCUUUGCCAAACCGGUCAGUUGUACGCCGCCGAUACCACGUGGGCUGGACAGCUGCACAGUUGGGCUCAAACGUAUGCGGGCCGCAUUGCUUGGCCGUGGGCGUGGGACCGCGACUUGCGGCCCGGCUAUGACAUCCACUUGUGGACCAUUCCGAUUGAGUUUGCACACGCCAUGCUGCUGUUUGUCGUGCUCCUAGCUCUGGCGCCGCUUCGCACGCAGGUACGGCAGGUGCUCACUGGGGUUCUUGCCGGGUAUUGCUUGGCAUGCGGGCGAUGGGCGGCAUUUGAGUUUCUGGCCGGCUUCGCUUUGGCAGAGGUGCAUGUCCUGCGGGCGGCGACGGCGAUGGCUGGUGACCAUCGGUCUACGACGUUGAGUCAUCUCGCUGCAGGGGCUUUCCACAGCACAGUGCUUGCCGCCUGUCUUUUUGUCGCCGGAUGGCCCAACGAGGACGCCGACAAGACACCAGGAAUCCGGGCGCUCCUCUCCAAUACGCCGGCGUGGUUUCUCAGCAAUGGGCGAGACGAGGCGUUGACUGAGAGGGAAGACUGGGGCGAGGCCCUCUUGGAGCAGAAGUUCUGGUUCGGCUUGGCCGCUGUGCUUUUGGUGUGGUCGUGCGGUGAGUUCGCCGCGGCACGGCGGCAGUUUGAGCGCCCUCUGGCGCAAUACUGCGGCCGCAUCAGCUAUGCCGUGUAUCUCGUCCACGGACCGGCCCUGGAUUACUGGAAAGACAUGACGGACAGGUUGGUUAAGCCCAUCGGCAUGGAGACGGCCGUACGGCGGAUGACAACUUGGCUUGUGGGUCUCCUCUUCCUGGGCAGCGUGGUGGUCUGGCUGGCGGACCUGUUUUGGCGACAAGUGGACGCGCCGAUUGUGGCUCUGGGACGCGCUGUCGAGCAGGUGUGUUUGCAAACAGAUAGAUGCAACGAUACGUGGUUGUGUCUAGAGGCAAAGAAGGUUGAAGACAGACACGGGUUUACUGGCAUUGUUGAUUAG